GGCAAAUGAACUGGACGUCUCCCUUCUCUAGCUCCUGCCAAUCUCGUGCUGUUAAGAAAGGAAAUCCACUAGACACAAAUAGAGAAAAGGAGAGCUACCCAACAAUAUGCAAGAACAGCUAGGAAUAAUUGACAAAAAAUGGGAUUCAAGCACUACAUCAGUGCACAUCAACAGUCUAUUGGAAUCUAUCCAGAAUGCUUCUCAGCAAGUUCCAGCGUCUGUUGCUCAUUUUCUCAGUUUAUUAGAAAGGAAGAUCUUAAGCAGCAAGAAAAUAAAUGUUUCCAUGUGCCAGAAUAUAACGGAAGUCAUCAUCCACUACUUAUUAAAUACGAAUUCAAAAGCAGUUCAGGAAGAAAGUGCUGCUGCUGUCCUAUUAGCAAUAGAAGUCCAUAGCCCCAAAGUGGUUAUCUCCAAUUUUUGGGACCAAAUGAAUCUUCAAAAUCUCCCCCAGCCAGCUCUUCUUCGGACUUUGGGGAAACUCAUCCUCUAUCAAGGUAUGGCACCCUACAUUGGUGCUACAUGGAGCUAUGUCCUACCUAUUCUGAGAAAGGCUCAGACUGAAGAAGAAAGACUGGGACUGUGUAAUGUGAUCAGUGGAUUGGCCAUUAAUGCCCGAAAUCACAUUCUGGGCAAUGAUGAUGAUAAAUCCAUGGAUAUCACUCAAGAGAUGCUGUCCUUUAAGGCAUGUUUGACCCUCCGAGUGCUUUUUAAUCGCUGGCCCCUGAAGAUCAAGGGCAAGGUGACUGAAGAAACCUUGAGCAUACUGGGAAACCUUUUCUUUCUCAUCUCACCACCAAAGCUGAAAUCUCAAUUAUGCUGGUUAAUCCGACGUCUUUUGGCCCUGAACAAAGCAGGUGUGAAGCCCUUCUACAUUAUUCAGUGUCUUUCCCAGCUCCUGGAAGCUGUGGAUGCCAGUGGAUCUGGGGGUAAGAAUUUGGCAUCGAAGUUGGAUGAUAUUGUGGUGCUGCUGUCUUCCCAGGUGACUUGGAAAGUUAGCAACUCAGAUUCUCUUCAAAACCACAAAAUAGCCCUGAAGUCCUUCCAUAUUAUGACACGACUGUUUCACCAAGAGAUGGUCAAAUUGUUUCUAAAGAGCAUGGAUGGCAGUGAUAAGUCCAAUGUCACAUUAGCACUCAAGAUCUUCAGAGAUGUAUUCCAGGAAGUGCCCCAGAACACAGAACUAAAGAAUGAAGUAAUGCAGACCAUUAUACAUCUAAUUCAGGAGGAUUCCAAAACAAUACGGUUGCCUCUGCUACAAUUUAUUGAAAAGCUAGGUACUUAUAACUACUUCACCCUGGAAAAAGGAGAUGUGGUUAUUGACCAUCUCAUCAAACUCAGUGAGCUUGGAUCCACAAGUGACGAGGAAACCCGGGAGUUGUCAAUCAAUAUUUUACAUCUGGUGUCGCUGCCCAGGCUGAUAACUUUGUUGUGCCAGCCUAUAAGGCCCAUGGCAUUUGUGCCCCUCUGCAAGAUUGCCACUGACAUCGCCUUGAAGGCUCAGGCCUUGGGCCAACCACCUUACCUUAGUAGCUACCAUCUUAAACCCACUGAAUACCCCUCCCCACAAAUGCUCUUUAUCAAUCUUCUACUGUCUUCUCUGAGACCGUAUAAACUAAAGGAAUUUGGGAUGUCCUCUCUUUGGCUGUUGUAUGCUCUCCACCCUAUCAACUCCCUGCAUCCUGUGAUCAACUUCAAACUCGGCCAAGUGUGGACAAAAGAGAUUCCUAAUAUGAUUCAAAUUCUGGAGAAACACACUGAAGAGAACUUUAUUCCGAAGGAGUGGGAGAAAAGGCUGCUUGUAUUUUCCAGUAAUAGUUUGCUGGCCAUCCAUGAUGACUACUGGCUGAAGGAUUUCAUUGAAACAGUAUUUACGAAGAUUCAAAACACCUCGUGGUUGCAACAGGAGAAGGAGAAGUCCUUCUUAUACAAACUCAUUGGCUACACCCUGAAGGGCUCUAAUGACCAUAACUUUGUGCUCCUGAUGCUAUUUGAUAUCCUAAAGAGUCCUCAAGAGGAAGAGUUGGAAAGAAAGGGCAUUGGCAGUGCUAUUAGUAUCGUAGCUACUAACCAUCUUAAGACAGUCCUCAUUGUGCUUGAAGAUCACAGCAAGAUACUCACUGAUAAGGAUGCAUCCCCUGUCCUCAAUCUCAAAAAAGAACUGCAGCAGGAUGAGUGGAUAAAAAACUGCAACACUAUCUACAUUAUUUAUAGUAGAAUUUUUCAAGAGAUCAAGUCCGAUAUGGGUCCCCAUGCAGAUUCCAUCUUGUCUUUAAUCAUAUAUAACUAUGAAAAUUGCAUCAUAGAAAAGGAUAAAGAACUGACACUGAAUUACCUGAAUUCUGUGGUCAUGUUAACAAACAACUUGGCAAAUAUGAAUCUCCCAGACUUCCAAUUCUCCUUCAAAAUAAAAAUGGUGUACUUCAUGAUGGAACUGGUAAAACAGGAGCCAACAAUCUUUAUCUCCAAUCCAAUUCGACAGAAGGCUAUGAUGAUUAUCGCAAAUUUCAGGAAGCUGAAGCCUCCCUUGCAAGUAGAAGAGAAGAAGGAACUGCUCAAAGUUUGCUUUAAAUACAUUGUUGCCCUGCCUCCCUUAGAGGUCAUGCAGAAAGAUUUGUCACCCAAGGAGUCCCAGACCACAGAGAAUUUAUUCAGGGACACAUUACAGGCUCUGCGGAAGAUGCUGGAGGGGCUGGUCAUGGAAAUGCCAAAUUGGAUCCAGAACUACUUGGAGUUUUUGGACACAUGGCUUAAUUCCCAAAAGGACCACGAGAGGGAGCGGGCCCUCUGGUGUGGUGUUCGCAUUCUCAGUUUCACUGCCAGGAAGCACAAUUUUUAUGUCGACAUUGAAUUUCCCCAGCUUGGACAACUGGUGAAGCUUCUGGCCAUACUUUGCCAGGACCAUGUGGACAACAUCAGCUUCCUGGCUUCACAGGCGGUUUACAGCCUCUACUGCAUCAUGCUGCACAAGAAGAAGUUGGAUCAGGAAAAGAAAGGGAUAUGGGAAGAACUUCCCAACAAAGAAGGUGUCUACAGUGCCUGUGUGUUCCACAAUGAUACCUCUGAGAUUGCCAAGGCUUUUGCAGAAUACUUCACCCCCAAGCAAGUCACCAACCUGGUAAUGACUGCCAUGGAGGGCUUAAUUGACAGCAGGGCCAAGAUCUCUCUGGCUUCAGGGCAGCUCAUGAACUCUGCCAUGGAGGAGAGAGGGAAGGAUGUACUGAAGGUUGAUCAAAUUGUGGAUGGCAUCUAUGAUAGACUCAGAUCCCAGCUGGAACCAGCCACAAGGAGGGAGACGCUCCAGGCCAUGUGUUCCCUAGCAGGCAACAAUGCCCAUAAUGUAAUGACCCUAUUGCUGAAGCGGCCACUUCCGUGGGAAAGAAUCAACAUGGAAUUAUGGAGAGUGUUCGGCACCCGGAGGAAGACCACAAUCAAUGUCCUGCAAUUGCUCAUAUCUAUCUUGGAAGAACGGCACCCUAAGCAGGGUUUCAAGGAAAUGUCAUUUCGUCCUGUGGCGGUGACCUGUGCCCUGUGCGAGAUGCUCUCAGGGACAACGUGCAAAUUGGCUUUGCUGGAGCUCUAUCCCCGGCUGCUGCUGGCUGUCCUAAAUCAUGUAUAUUGGGUAAUUGAGCAAAAUGUCCCCCAGAACAUGGUGGUGUACCGUAGGGAGGACAUGUCAGGCACCAAGAGCAAGGCCUUCGACCCCGUCAGUUGUGCACUGGAGGCUGUCAAGAUCAUGUUGACAGCUGCUGAAUACUAUGGGGUUGUGUCCUAUACUGACCAAUACCGUGGCUGGGAUCUGCUAUCCAGUCCCAAGUAUUACUACAUGGGAGUCAUUGAGUUAACAAGUCCUUGUUCUAUUUCCCAGUCACCUUCCAGGAUGCCCUGUCUCCUUGCCCUCCCCGCUCCCAGCAACUCUUGGACUCCUCUGUCCCAUCCCAGUGGCUUAGUGAGGAACUGCGACCCCAGUAUCCUGCAUCGAGUCAUGAGGGAAGUCAAGCCACUCCUGUAUAGCAUGGAAGACAGGCAGAAGAUCAUGGCUAGGGCUUGCUUUGUUCAGCUUCUCUGGCAUCAAUCGGUGGCCCAGACUUUAGGGGAAAACUUUCUGAGUCAUCUAAGUAAAUGGAUUCGUGAACCCAAUCUCAUCAUGAAAGAAAUUGGACUCCGGGGAAUCAGUAAUCUAGCACUGCAUCCAGGGCAGGUAGGGACACUUGCAUCUUUACUUCCAGUCAUUCGGAGCUUCCUGAAAGAGGAGGAGCUGGUGGCAGUGCAGGCAGUGAAGGGACUACGCAAUAUCAUUUGUUAUGCAGAAGGAAUUGUAACCAAGAGGGCCUUUUGCAGUAUCGCCAACCAACUACGACCCCUCAUCAAUGAUGAGAGGGACCAAGUACGGAUUUCAGCCACCUCUGCCCUCAGCCACAUGCUGCAUCAAGUCUACAAGUUCAGACCAGGCCCUAAAACCCGAAAUGCACUCUACAGUUUUCUGGUUCCUCUACUGAUUAGCAUUCAAGAUAAUAAUAUAGAGGUAGCCAAGGUCUGUGGAAAAGCUUUGAUUGAAUGGGCUAUUGGGAUUGGCUGGACAUCGCUCAGGCAAACAUUCCAAACCACAAUCAUAACUGACCAUGUUAAGAUAUUGGAAGAAGCAUGCAAAUGUCUGGUCAGCACAAAUCAAAGUCAGCUGGUGGGAAAGUUACUGUUCCAGAGCUUUGGGUUCCUAAAGAGCCCACGGCCCUUCAUUCGGGCAGCAGCAAUCACAUUCAUAGGACAAACUGUUAUGAAACUAAAUAUGAAUGAGAUAUAUGAAGAAGAUGUAGAGCAGCUGCUGAAUGCCCUUCAAGAACUAAACAAUGAUCCUGAGGAAUCCAUACAGGGUUUGGUCUCCAUCACAAUCAAGAAAAUGGAAACAGCUUCUUAUGUGAAGACCAAUACCAGGCUACACCUAAGACAAAACUUAAAAGUCCCUGUUUUUGGUGUCAAGAAGCGGCUCUUUAAAAACAUCAAAUCCAAAGAAGAAGGCAAGAAGAAGGGCAUAUCAAAAUUGUCUAAGCUUCGCCACUGGAAAAUGGUGUCCCUUUGGCGGAGUUCUGAAGAUAACACAAGGCAAAAUGAACCUUCAAGAACAAAUCAUCAACUGUUUCCCAGGAGAAUACUUCCUCAAAAAUAUCUUUUAAAUGCUCAAGAUUUGGAUAAAUCUGUGCAUCAGGUCCAGAAAGAGCUCAAAAUUUCCUGAUUCUUGAUCCCUUUUUGGAGUUUGCUCUGGAGCUGAAGAUUUGUUACACAGAUAUCUCUUCCUGGUUUGGUACCUAUACCCAGCACCCUCUUCCUUUCCAUUUUCUCCCUAUCUGCCCCACACUCCAGGGUUAGGAAGAAACCCCCCCCCCAAAUAUAGUUAUGGCUUCCAGAAAAUACUGUGUCUAUUCUACCCUUCCAGAGCUUCUGGUUUCCUAUAUAACUUUCAUCAAUAAAACUAUUUUCCUUAUUUUAAAACAA